GAUAUAUUUAUUUAGUUUCUUGGAACUGGGGUACCAUUACACUCUGCCUAUUCUUUAUCCCCUAUAUGAACUUCAAUAUUUGUUUAAAGCUUUAUACUAUUUAGAGGAAAAUGGAUGUACAAGAGAGUAAUCAAGAUCUUGAGUGUCCAUUGAUUGGAGAAACUGAAAAAGACUCUAAGAACAAGAAAAAUGAGAUUUUUGGAGAAGCAAAGAGGCUAUUGAUAUUAGCAGGGCCUCUUAUGUCAGUUAAUUUUUUACUUUAUUGCUUACAGGUGAUAUCUAUAAUGUUUGUUGGUCAUCUUGGAGAGUUAUCUCUUUCUGGUGCUUCUAUGGCUACUUCCUUUGCCUCUGUAACUGGUCUCAGCUUGUUGAUGGGAAUGGGAAGUGCAUUGGACACUUUAUGUGGGCAAUCAUAUGGAGCAAAGCAAUUUCAUAUGCUCGGUAUCCAUAUGCAAAGGGCAAUGCUUGUUCUUCUACUAUCCAGUGUUCCUUUGGCCUGCAUUUGGGCUAAUGCAGGACAUAGUCUUAUAUUAUUGGGACAAGAUCCGGAAAUAGCAGCCGAAGCAGGAAGUUAUUCUCGCUAUAUGAUUCCGACUAUUUUCGCCUAUGCGCUUCUCCAGUGUCAUAUUAGAUUUCUACAAGCCCAAAACAAUGUGGUCCCCAUGAUGUUCAGCGCCGGAAUCACUACUUUGCUGCAUAUAUUCACUUGCUGCAUUCUCGUCUUUAAAUCUGGUUUAGGCAACAAAGGUGCUGCUCUGGCUAAUGCAAUAUCCUACUGGAUUAAUCUCUUGUUGCUAGCUACAUAUGUCAGAAUAUCGCCUUCCUGCAAAAGCACUUGGACUGGAUUUUCGAAAGAGGCAUUCCGUGAUAAAUGGACAUAUAUGAGGCAUGCCAUUCCUUCAGCUGUUAUGCUCUGGUAG